GAGACCGCCACUCGCCUUCCGGUGCUCCUGGAAAAAACGUCGCCAUCGCCUCCCUUGCUCUCUCUUGCGAAAAGUAAAUCCCCGCGGCUUUCUUUGCUUUCUUCCUCCUUUCGCCGCUUGUGGUGAACCGGCUGCCGUUGCCGUCUUCCAUUGCACACGUGCGCGUCCUCUUCAUCUGCGUCGUUCUCCAUCGUGUUCGCCGGAAACCGCGAGCUAAGCAAUGUACAGCUUGAGACCGCAAAGUGCUACGACGCGACAGCAGACCGAGAUGAUUAACAGGGCCCAACGGGCCGUACACACAACCACGGAUACCAUCGAGAAGCUGCGUCUACUUUGCCUGGCUAGGGGUGCCAAUGGCAUUCUUGGUCUGGGUAGAAUAUUCCGUCUUAUAGACGAGGAUGGCAACAACAAGCUAAGUUUCGAGGAGUUCAAAACGAGUAUAGAGCAGACCAAAUUGGAACUCUCCGAGGAAGAAAUUAACGAUGUCUUUAAGAAAUUCGACAUCGACGAUGAUGGAAACAUCAGCAUCGACGAGUUUCUCGUUGGCAUAAGACCGCCGAUGUGUCAAAGCCGUAAAGAUGUAGUGGAACAAGCGUUCCAGAAAUUAGAUAAAACUGGCGACGGACAGAUCACCAUCGACGAUCUACGAGGGUUUUACAAUGUGAAAUAUAAUCCACGUUACAUCAGCGGUGAGGAAAGCGAAGAGCAAAUUCUAAAUAAGUUCCUUGCAAAUUUCGAAUACGGAGGCCGCGUGGACGGUGUCGUAACGGAAGAGGAGUUUAUGAAUUAUUACAGCGCUAUUAGCGCGAGUAUAGACAACGAUGCGUAUUUCGACUUGAUGAUGCGUAACGCUUACAAGCUGUGAAUCUCGAUCUCUAUUGUUUGCAUUUCGCGAGAUAACACGCCAGUCCUGCAUCUCUCUCUCUCUCUCUCUCUCUCUCUCUCUCUCUCUCUAUUCUACUAUGCGCCAAGCGCAUUGGCAAUUAUAAAAUUCGCUAUUCCGCUGUAAACUAAUAUGUAAAUUAUUAAUAUUAAUAUCACGUUACCAGGAAUGUCUUAAUUAAUUUGUCUCGUUAGACUCGCACUCUUAUUCCGCUAAUUGCAAACUAGCAUGAAUAUAUAACGUUGUACUAUGUCUAAGAUUAAUGCGUGAGUCAUUCGCACGCGAGUGUGUCGAUAAUGAAAUUAAAACUAAAAUGCAUAUUCGUACCUUCGUUAAUUCACCGGAAUAUCUUCGAUCGAGAGGAAGAAAAAGAAGUGCGUAGAAAUCGAUCUCAAAGGGGAUCUCGAUUUCUUAAUAAUUAAUUUUAACCCCCGAUAAUCUUUUUCUCUCUUGUCAAACUACUUGACAUUCAGACGCACGCAACUUGUUUACUUCCACAAGUUGUACUACGGACUUGUGUGGAAACAGAAGUGAACGAUACGUGUCCAACACUCUCUUUUUCUUCUUUGUCUCUGCGACGCUUUAUUAGCUAUUUAUAAAGAAAAGUUGGUUAUAGGGUCCAAUUUUACCCGCGAAUCGCGAUGGACGUGCACUGUGCGUCUUUAUAAUCCUAUUGUUUAUUCUUCUGCGAAUAAAUACAUGCGACUAUGAAACGAAUUAACUUUUUGCUCUGCGCGCCUAAAAUUUCCUGCGGUUCGACGUAGCUAGAUUUUAAAUAAAGCGUACUCUAUUCGUCCGAUUCGUUUUAAUCUACUAUUGUGAGGCGCAAUAAAAGUAAAGAUUAUAGAAUAGAAUUUAUUAUUACAUCGAUUUAAAAGUAAAAUAUAAAACAAGGACUAAGAACACAUGUUAGCUUCUAUGACUAUUGGACGAUUGGAUAAUUGGGAUGCGAUGAGAAAAUUUCAUUCGUUGCGAUCUAAUCAGGAAUUAAAUUAAUUUUCUUGAUUAAUUUCUCUAUCGGGAAUAAAUUUAAUGAAGAUUAAUAUCUUAACUUUAAUAAAAAGUAAUCGUGGGAUUAAAAAAGUGUAACGAGUAGCGUAAACAGGGUAGGGCUCUUUUAUUUUAAUUAAUAAAGCUCAUUCUCAUGGGAAUGAGAGCGACGCUUCCAUGAUACUUGUUUCGAUUGGCACACUUGAAAAAUUAACAUCGCAGCGAAAGUAACGUCUGUAAAACGCAUAAUGUGAAUGCGGUAUAUAUUUAUUCUUACCAAUAAAAUUUUCAUUUUUUUUUCAUAUGAAACAUACUAUUAUUUCACUUUGUAGUUUUGUUUGAAUCGAAAGUUUGAAUCCAUUCUAAAUGUGCGAAAUUGCGUUGCAAGACGAGCCUUGUUGUAUGUACAUACGCGAUAUCAAUAAGUAAUCGGGGAGUUGUUUUCUCAUUACGUAAUUCACAGCAAAAAUAUACGUAUAGAAACUGCGCCUCGGAGGAAUUCUCAUAAGGACGCGACAAAUUGUAUUAGAAAAUGAAUCAAAAAUAACUUCCGUCCAAUUGUUUAAAUUUACAACAAAAUAAAUAAGAAAAAAA